AGCAAAGCAGACAGGUUUGGGCGAUAGAUUGAGGCAGAUUAAAAUUAUUAUUUUUUUCAUACACCCCACAGCCUCCGCGCCCACGGCAUUGUGGGUGCUGGUGGGAGAUUGGAAUGGGCUAAUGCUAUUUGGAUGUCACCUUGCUAAGUGACUUCAUGUGAUGUCAGCUAAAUACAACAGACAGUGAUCUCACUGAAGAACAUGUGUGCUAUCAAAAUGUGACGGGAUAGCCACACGCAGUCCACGGAUAAUCUUCUCCGCGCUUGCUAAUACAUGUGGAACCCGUUAAGGAAUUGACGCUGAUGUCUGACACAUCACUCCUCAGGUAAGAUCAGAGCGGCUGUAGUCAGCGGCUGCUCACAAGUCCUAGGAUGGCGAGUUAUGGUCACUUGGAGACCGUUGUGCCUUGUCCCAGGCAAACACCCAGGAGUGGGAGCUCCCCAAAUACCUGCGAUGGAGUCACCCCGAAGGCAUUGGCUUUUUCCAUCGAAAGAAUCAUGGCCAAGAACUCUGAACCAAGGAGCUCUACUGAACAAAGGCAAAGCUUCGAGAAAGGCGAAGGCAAAAAGGUUGGAAAAUUGUGCUCCCCUGUGCCUUGCGUGCUGCCCAUCCAACCCUUUCCUUAUGACUUGCAAGCGAAAGCUCUCCUGAAUUACUCGGAAGUGUGGAAGUCUAACCUGAGAGGUUCACUCUGUACUUCAGCACCUAUGUGUAAAACAAACUGUGGGAUGUGCUACAAAACUGACUUAACUUUAGGCCCUUCCGUGAUGGCUGCAAACAGGCUGAUCAAACCCCAAGUCAUCAACCAAGCGGUGGCGAUGCCUGCGAACGGCUCCCUCUAUUAUUUCAACUACCUAGACACAACGUAUCAUCCUUCAGAGUUGCUGCACGGCCACCACAUUUUCCCGUCUCAUAUCCUCGGCACCCAGGCGCCGGCCUCACUUUCCGCUCACCAGAAACUACUUCUGCUGGAGAACGCGAAAUUCGCCAGCCUGGCAGCGGAGAAAUACCCGAGCCCGCAAUUCCCUCACAAAGAACGCAUUCCGGGGCAGCUGGACCAAGUGAUCAAGGAAAACGGGAGCUUUCCAGUGGAAAAGAAUGUAAUUAAGCACCACCAGAAACUGAGCAACGCGACGAGCGACGGCAAACCUAAAAACUUCACCUGCGAAGUUUGUGGAAAGGUUUUUAAUGCACAUUAUAACCUGACGCGCCAUAUGCCCGUCCACACUGGGGCAAGGCCAUUUGUCUGUAAAGUCUGCGGGAAAGGGUUUCGACAAGCUAGUACCCUGUGCAGACAUAAAAUAAUCCACACACAGGAAAAGCCCCACAAAUGUAACCAAUGCGGUAAAGCAUUUAACCGGAGCUCCACUCUCAACACACACAUCCGGAUCCACGCCGGUUACAAACCUUUUGUUUGCGAAUUCUGUGGGAAAGGAUUUCACCAAAAAGGAAACUACAAGAACCACAAACUGACACACAGCGGAGAGAAGCAAUUCAAAUGUAAUAUAUGCAACAAAGCGUUCCACCAGGUCUAUAAUUUGACAUUUCACAUGCAUACCCACAAUGAUAAAAAGCCCUUCACAUGCGGCACUUGUGGGAAGGGAUUCUGUAGGAACUUUGACUUGAAGAAGCAUAUAAGAAAAUUACAUGAUGGCAACUCAACCAUAGCGCCUGUGAACGAGCGCUCAAGAGUGGGGAUAAGUUAGUCUUUUGACUUCGAUUCGGAUUCUGAUUUCGCGGACAACCAUUUCUGUAUAUUGCAGUUUGAAAUACCAUCUAUCUGAGAUUAUUCGAUGCACUGCAAUGCUCUUUGCUUCAGAUGCCGGUUAUGGAACAGUGGAUAAUUCAUAAGAUACCAUUUCCCUGCUGAAUUUGUAGGUUUAAGCGGCUUGAAUUUGUUUCACAAAAAAAAUAUAUGAACGUCGCCAACACGUCCCGGCCCAAUAAUAUUGAGAAUGAAUAGUGAUGUAAAUAUUCAUGUUAAUUAAAUGUCCCAUAUCACAUUAUUUUUUUUCUGUAUUGUAGCAUUUUAUAUCUGAAACAUACCGUGGAUUGGUAAAUAUGUAAUCUCGAAGUAUUUGUUAGAAUGUUGCUUCGUUUGCAUAUCUGUAAAUUUAAAUUAUGUUGUAAAAAUGAAUGUGUCCACUUGCAAAAUAAAAGUUAAGUUUCCAAGUAUGCAUUUAUUUGAAUUGCGGACUUUUGUAAGUAAGGGUGGUCUGAUUGUCUAAUGAAGGAAGGGAUAUGAUAUCGGCGAAAUUUUGAUCCAAUGCAAACAUCUAUUUCACUAAAUUUAAUAAUAUUCAACAUGUUCAUGGUGAUCUUAGCUUUAUUCUUACAUUUCAAGAUUCCCCACUAAACGUGGGCGUGGAGAAACAUCCUUGCUGUUUCCACUAAAUGUAGCACGAUUCGACAGUAUCGAGAUACACUUUGCUUCCUUACUUUUUGCUAGCAAUGUGAAAGUGACAUGGAACCGUGUUUGCGCCAGGGAAACAGAAGCUGUUAACACGUUUCAACGCAUAGCAGAUGGUCGAAUUCAACGGUUCUAACGUGAAGAAUGGUCAGUGGAUUCCUUCCCAGUAUUUGAUCUCUCUCCAGACGCAAUGCUGUCCAAGUAAAUGUCGCAAGAUGCUCCUCAUUGUGUGAGAAUCUCGCAAAGUUAACUUUUUUUUUAAAAGAGCGAGAUAAGUGCCUAAUUUGCAAAUGUCAACCAAAUUCAUUUGAGUUUCGAAAAGACAUAUUUGAUCGUUUAAAGCAGGACGUGGAACCUGGCGCAAGGAAGAUAUAUAUCUACACCUCUCGCAAAGAACAGCUUUGGAAAUGUGUGCGUGAAAAGUGCAAUUAGCGAGGCAGAAUAGAUCUUGUUUUACGGAUCUAGGCAGCAGAGAUGGAAACGCCCAAACUAAAUGUUGUGCUUUUCACAAAGUUCUAUUGCACCGGUUCUCGUGAAAUAUGUGCGCGGCGCUAUUAACAUCUUAUGCGACCUCCUAGGCCAAAACGAUACGCGUAAUAAUACGCCCUACGGGAGACGAUUGUUGAAGGGAGUUUAUUGUUAAUGGACAACUCUACCACGGAAACCUUUCGAGGCAUGUGCACUUACAAGAAAUAAAGCAAAAUUCAACAUGAGAGAGAAUUUAGAUUCCUACAAAUCUGCAAAUCUUACAUCAAUUAUCCCAUUUGCGCGGUGGAUAAUCUUAUAUUGCUACAGUUUUAAUGCAACAAGGUGUUUUCCAUAAUCUACCAUUGCAUAGUUUAUGUGUUUUUAUACCUUGUCUCUUAGGUCUGCUGUUCACAACAAUUUACUGGAUUUUUUUUAAAGGAAUAUAACAAUGGAGCGAUCCAGGAUUUAAUCCACAGAAACUGAUCAAACCACAAGCAGAAACAAUGAGCUUUGAGCUGUGCUAACAAUAAUCAUUCCCGCUCUCCCUGGAGCAGGCAUUUCCAUAUUAGCCAAUUUGCUGUAACAGUGGAUAAUAAAGUACUUAGGGUUUUCAAAAACUCAUUUCCCAUGUCUCUCUCUUUAAUACGAGAUAAUUUAUUCUCCCCACGCCUGUACGAACAAUAUUAUUACAGUGUACCAACAAAAUUCUGAUUUCAGCUCAAGUCUGCUGCUCACUCCGCGUUUCUCAGUGAAAUUUAAAUUAACCGUUAACAGUAAACUGUUAAACUGUCCAGGGACUGAUUAAACGGCCAAUAAUUUGAAGAGAAUUGCAUGUACACCUUUUUAUCGUUAAUUGAGUGGGUUCAUCUUGGAAGCUGGUAAAUUGGGUUGUGCCGGCACCGCCACUCGCUUUUGGGAGAAAUGUGUUCUUUUAAUUAAAAACGAAACAUAAGCUGUUUGCUAAUUAUAUUAAAGAAUCUUGUUCGACACAAAAGUCUCUAAUCUAUUACAGUUUACUGCGCGGUGAUGUUGGAAAUUGCAAUUAUAAAUUCUUUGCUAUUAUACAAAAUGCAAAUCCCCCUUUGCCUUUUGAGGAUCAUUCGUGACCACAAUGCUUUCAUCGACCAUUAGAAUCACUGAUAGUGCAAAGUAAAACCCUCUCAUGCUCAAUUAUUACUAAGGUUGAAAUAAUUGUUUCAACGCUCAUUUCAUUACAUAACCGAAGUGUAAAAACUCUGACCACUUUCUACCUCUUCAUACAAUCCUGGCAAUUAUCACGUCUGGAAACGACCUAUUCCC